AUGCAAUCUUUUGACAGGAGGGAGGGUAUUUAUUUGGGUAGCGGGUUGUCUCAUCUAGUGCGGAGUAGGGGGAUCAGCAAGGCGGUUGAUAGGUGGAUAGAAAUGAAUUUUAUCUCGAGUUUGCAGACACUUGCUGAGAAGAUGCUAAGGUUUGGGCUGCCAUUAGUUGGAUUUAAAUUAGAUCCGUCCCGAGAUAUUGCUUUGGUGACGGGGGGGGCUGGAGGGUUAGGGUGGGAGCUUGUUCGUGAGUUACAGAGAAAAAGGAUUGUCACAGUUGUAUUAGAUAUCGUUCCACCUUCUGGAUUAAGGUGUUUGAACGACAUAUAUUUCUAUUCCUGUGACAUAUCAAUUCCUGGGAGAAUCCGAGAGAUCCAUGAGCAGAUAAUAACGGAUGUUGGACAUGUUACGAUUUUGAUAAACAAUGCUGCUAUUACUUCUGAUGCGCCGUUAGAAGCGAUGGAGAAUGAACAAAUAGAGAAGAUAAUGCAGGUCAAUUUACUGGGACCAUAUAUGUUGAUCCGUGAAUUUUUACCCUCGAUGCUAUCGAUUGGUCGAGGCUAUAUUGUUAACAUUGCAUCCGUUUUGGGCUUUGUCACGCCCGCCAGGCUAACUGCGUACGGCGCGUCUAAGGGUGGUUUAAUUGCAUUACAUGAGUCGUUAGUUGACGAGUUAGACCAGUUUACUUGGAUAAAUAUGAACAAUUCAGCAUACCUGCCAUCGCUGAGUAGCAGGGGUAGUAUCAGAAGUCUUUUAGUAUGCCCUGGGAAAAUAGAUACCAAGAUGUUUGACAACGCACAGUCACCAUCCAAAAUCAUUGCGCCCGACUUGGAUCCUAAGUGUCUAGCAAGAGAAAUAAUAAAGGCUAUAGAUCAUAAUAGAUCUGGGACAUUAAAGUUACCUUAUUACACGAAUUUAAUGACCUACUUCAAGUCUUUAGAUUGGCCCUGGUUCAGGCUUUUCAGACUAUGUUCGGGUUUUGAUUCCAUAAUAACAGAGAGACGAGAGACAAACACUACCAUGGGCAGCAAUAUCAGUUCAAGACAUUGA